AUGGAUUCAGUUCGUGCCGCCAUAUUCGGCGUGGCGCUUUCCUGUCUCCUCUAUCUGUGGAACUUGAACCGUGUCCUUAAGAAGACGCCUCCCGAGAUCCUCGCGCUUUCUCCACACCGGUGGACCGACGAGGAGAUUGAGGAGACAUAUAACAAAGUCAAGAAGAAUCCAAUCUCCUGGUCGGAGCAUCUUCCGCCCAAGUUGAACCGUCGAUAUAUCGUAACGGGAGGCUCUGGAGGCGUUGGGGGCCAGGUCAUUCUGCAAUUGCUGGAGCGCGGUCAGCCUCCCGAGAGCAUCCGCAAUGUCGAUUUCCGAGCCCCGGAGAGGAAGGACCUGCUGACCGGCCCGGCGGCAAGCGUCGAGUUCGUCCACGCGGAUAUAUCCUCAGCCUCAUCUACUGAGGCGGCAUUCACCAAGCCGUGGCCGGCCUCGGUCGCCAAGCUGCCCUUGACAGUUUUCCACGUGGCCGCGCUCAUCGUCCCUCACGAGAGAUCCGUGGCAACAUAUCACCGCGUCGAGCGUGUCAACGUGGAUGGUACUCGGAAUGUGCUGGGCUCUGCGAAAGCCGCGGGAGCGGACGUCUUCAUCGCAACGUCGUCGGCCUCGAUCGGAUUGGUCCCUACGCGAUUCUGGGGGCCACCUUGGCGACCAUGGCCCAAAAACUGGGUGCAGGUGCUCGCUGAAUCGGACUUCCAUAAGCCUGUCAAACCUCACUCUGAUUUCUUUGCCAACUACGCCCACUCGAAGGCGGUCGCAGAGCGCUUGGUGUGCGGAGCCAACAGCCCUACGUUCCGUACCGGGACGAUUCGUCCCGGCAAUGGCAUCUACGGCAGUAGUCACGCUGACCAGUUUGUGGGAAUGGUGCUGCGUGCGGGAACAUCUCCAACUUGGACACCUAAUGUCUUGCAAAACUGUGUCCAUGUCGGACACGUAUCUCUGGCGCAUCUGCUCUUCGAGGCAGCGUUGUUGGGCAGUGAGGAGAUGCCUGGUUGUGCUGGCCGGCCCUUCAACAUUACCGACCCGGGCCCGGCGGCUCUGUUCCAGGAUUACUACAAAUUGAUGCAGAAACUUGCUGUCACGCCGACCAAGGUCAUCCCCGUACCUCCCGUACCCCUGCUACUCUUCGCCUACGUCGUGGAGGCUCUCGACAGUCUCUCGCGCGCUCCUGGCUUCAAGUGGGUGAAGCCAAGUGGAGACCUCGCCAUGCUACAGCCGUCUAUUUUCAGCGCCACCACUCAUGUACCGAUUAUUGACACUGCCGCGAAGAAAUCCGUUGCAGAAGGAGGCCUAGGGUUCAAGGGGGUUUGCACUACAAUCGAAGGGAUGUGCCAACAGGUGUUGGAUUGGAACGUGGACCAUGGCUUCCAGGUUGAGCAAGCGGAUGAUACUGUCCUCACUUCCAUUGCCAAGGGUGCCAGGAACAUUGCAACGACUCCGGCAUCUGUAAAAGCCUAG